AUGCUUGUCAUUCUGAUCCUCUUUCUGGUUUCGUCUUCAUUUCAACAGGGUAAGAAACAAGAUGUUUUGUAAAUUGGAAGUUUUAUUUACCCUCUAAUAGUUAAGCAGUUAACAGAAGAUUAAUUCUGUAUAUUCAAACUAAUAAAUGACCAUUAAUAUUUGACGAGAAAACAUUGCUUGCUAAUUAAUAUCCUGACCACCGAAAGUUUGUUGGCACUACCUACACUGGUACAGACAGUUCAAAGAUACCUGACUAUAUAUAAGCAUUUCAGCAGCGAGGCGGGUUAGCCAGUCUUAUUCAUGAACAGCAUCUCAAAUGUUCAAAGGCAAACGAAUUUAGAGCGAAAUAAUUUCUUUGAUAUAGUCCAAGUGAACAAGUUUUCUGACUUUUUAGAGCUAGGAAUGCAACUACCUGAAAAAUAUAAGGCGAAUUUCGACAUUUCGAGCGAAGGCCCUUCGUCUGACUCUUAUAUUUUUAAGGUAGUUGCAUCUCUAUCAACGAAAGCUUGUUCAUAGUCGUGUGUUUGCCUUUCGCGAUGUUUCGCAAUGACAUAAUUUUAUAAAUUGACUAUUGUUGUUGUAUACGUGCAACUUUGUAUUUAUAAGAAAUUCAAUGAAGUUCGAUCGUCAGCAUCCUAUACUUAAUUACCUUAUAUAGGGUUUGAAUGGGUGGAUUUUAUAGCCUGCGAAUACAGACGCCUCACAUCGGGCGAAAUGUACUGCCCGAGGGAGCAGUACAUUUCGCCCGAUGUGAGGCGUCUGUAUUCGCAGGCUAUGGAUUUUAUUGAAACUUAUGAUUUAAUUUAAGUCGGCUUGGAAAUAAUUAGUUUUGCGUUCUUUUAGUGAAGGUAUUCUUAAAUCCCGAUUUCGCCAAACACCCGUGGCGUUCUUUGUUUACCAAAGGCAAAGUCGAGGGGUUUUUUUUUAGAUUUUUUUAUACCCAACCGCAAAGCACCUUUUGUACUUAAAUUGGCACGAACAUGAAAUAGUUAAGAUAGUUCCAAGUGAAGAAUCUUCCUUGAUUUUCUCAGAUGUGAAACAAAUACCUGAUAUCGUAUACGAUGAACUAAAUAUCAAAGACCAGGAACUCCUGAACAAAUUAAGGAAAUAUGAAAUUGUCCAUCCUGAAGAUGUAACACCUACUGCCAAUGAAUUCCCAGAUUUUUACAGCCAGGUAAAUAUUUUUGCUGUGGCUGUUAUUCUUUAAUUUGUUUUUGUUAUCAAUAUUUCUUGAAAUAUAUUUUCGAUGUUACAGGAUGAGAACGUUGAGAGAAGUAUAUCUUUCCUGCAUAACGGGAAGAACGUAGUCCUUGAUCUUGUUCCAAACAGGUAUGCUUUAUAUAUUCUUUUCAUCUUUUAUAUAUUAUAGCCAAUAGCUGGCCAUAAUAGAUCCCGCGUUUGUACUGAAUUGAAAGUCUUUCUUGUUAUUCACAGAAACUUGAUUUCACCCCGAUAUAAGGAGAGGUAUUACCUUCCUAAUGGAGAAACUGUUUUGAGAAAGGUUUGCUAAAAAUCUGUAAAUUCAUGAUGCGAGUGAUUGGGUAGUAUCAGGUCAUUAAUGUUCUUGGCUUUUAUUUCUUCUUGUAGCGAACACACGACUGUUUUUUCCACGGUCAUGUACGGAGUGAAGAGAAUUCAAAUCUUGCACUGGCCACAUGUGAAGGUUUUCAGUAAGUUGAUUUUUAUACUGGAUAUUUCUGUCUGUUCUAAACUGUUAGUAGAACUAUAUUCAUCACUUAUUGAUCCAGAGCUACCUCAGGAAAGGACCUAUACUGAAUAGCUCCUGCUCUAACAGUUCUGAGCUGUGAGCUCCAGUAAUGGCCAGAGCUUAUUUGCGAUUUGUUUUUGUAGUGGUUACUUCAGAAGAAAUGGUGAGACUUUCUUUAUUCAACCAUUGUUUGACCACGAUCAAAAGGUACAACUUUAAUAUCUUUCAUUUUAUCCUUGCUGUAUUGUGGUAUUUGUAGCCUUAUAUUGUACUUGACGUGGAAAAUUAUCAUUUGUGUUUUGCAGAGGGUCGCUCAUAUCAUCUAUAGUCCGAAUGAUAUUAUGGGAAAGAAAUUUCAAUGUCGUAAGUUAAAAGAUAUAUAUUGAUUUCAUUAUUUCAAGUGGACGGAAAGCCUUUUCACGUUUUACAACCCAAUUGACAAAGAUCGGUGAGGGUUUGUGAGUUAGUUCUUUUACAAUGCCUAAGGGUUAGUUUUUAGUAUAAAUCGAUAUAUAACGACAUGCUUAAACCAAUUUGAUCAUAUUUUAUUUUCAGCUCAUGAUGGCGUUCAAACGAACAAAAGUAGCAACGAUUUUUUGAACCUGUUUCCUCUAAAUAAACAUCAUAGAGUAAGAUCAUAUACUGUACUAACUUCAAAUAGAAGUUUAAUUCCAGUUUUGUGUGGCUAUAAUUUUACCUCGUUCGCUUGUACGAGGAGAUACAUCCAGUUUUUACUUUACCUGAAACAAAGAGAUUAUUCUUACAUAAAACUGGCUGAGCUAUCCAAUAUAACUAAAGUUCGUUCAGUUUAGGUUUUCUCCUGUAGUAACACCGGAUCAAUAAGGAAUCCCUUUCCUGGACCUCUAAAAGGAGAACAGUUUAGAACUGAUAGAGCUAUAUCUAUAGUAGAAUUAAUAAAGGUUAUAUCACAAGUCAUGAGCAUAAUGUUUGGAAACCACAUCAUGAUAAAAAUUUUCACGUGUUUUUCCAGUCUCGUCGUGAUGUCUUGACAGAAACGAAAUAUGUCGAACUGAUCUUAGUGAAUGAUAACAGCCAGGUAAGUAUUUCGCCUUUGCAAAUAAAUGAAAUAAGAUGCAUGAAACAAAUCCUUAAAGGCCGUUCACACGGAGCCAAUUGUUGGUCCAACAUCACCAAACAUUGUUGGAUGCAAUCUUGUCGUUUUGAACAUUGUGUUGGGUAAUGUCGACUGAUGUUGGAGGAUUUUAGUGGCUCGAAUACUUAAAUAAGGUUAUCCGACUUCGAUUAGCUUUAAAGCCACUUCAGAUACCUUGUGCCUGUGCUAACUUUGUCUUAAUAACGUGUGGAAAAAAUUUGUAAUUAUGUAUUUUUUGCUUGUGCAAAUAAGAUUAUUCUGUACUGUACUUCUUCCCUUGACUGUCAUUCUGUGCUCGUUACCUCUUAAGGAGUGCAAUAAAGAUGUGUUUUAAUCUUUUUACAGUUCCGACACUACAGCAGUGAUAUUGCCCAAACUAAACUCAGAGCUAUCAGUAUAGCUAAUGUUGUUGACUCGGUAAGUUUGAGUCUAUGUUUACAUCUAGGUAGAUUUACUCAAUACUAUCAUGCAGCAAAUGGACCUGCAGUUAUCAGAGUGAGAAAUUGAUAUUAUUUUCAUUAUUUGUUGUAGUAGUUGGUGCCUAAUAAAUAGAAAUAAGAGUUGUAGUCCCCAUUUACACGAUUCCCCAUUCACUUUUUACGACAUACACAUUUGCCGUUCGAGAGCAACGUCUGACGACAAAAUUUCCCCCCUUCUAUCAGUGUCAACAUGAGUUGUGAAGUUGCCAUCUGCUCUUCUGUAACGCUUGCUACUCGGAUCAUGCCUGUAUAUGUAGACCUCAUUGUGAAUGCACGAAAAAACACCACUGAUUAUCUAUUCUAGAUCUACAAAGUGCAUAAUAUCCGUAUUGCUUUGGUUAUGAUUGAAACCUGGACAAGUGGUGAUCAGAUAUCGGUUGUCACGGAUUCCAGUGCGACAUUGUCAAAUUUCAGAGAUUACAAAAACAAUGUCUUGGAUGCUAAUGACGAAACAAAGGAUCACGAUAAUGCUCAAUUUCUUUCGUAUGUGAUUUUAAGCUGUGAUGUCCAUAUAUUCAUAUAUGUGUGCUGUUAUAGGUGUAAUGUUUCGUAUAAUCAUUGGUAAUGUCAUUACAGGCAAACAGACUAUAACAAUAACGUGGCUGGGUUGGCAUAUGUAAAAACAAUCUGUGACCCGGUUAGUUCUACUGGUAUUGAUUCGGUAAGUGGUGAAUGGUUUCUUGUCAUGUUUAGUGCAUAAUAAGAAUAUAGGAUUGUGAUUGGAAUCAAGGAGAAGAUGCAGAUCACGGCACCUGGGAAGAUUAUAUUCGUUUGGAUGACAGGCUUUUGUGUUUAAAUAAAGUUCACUCACAAUGACAUUUGAAACAUGCUGACUGUUCCCGAAUGUUAAGCCUGGUUUACACUGAUCAAAGUUUCUGUGAACACAGUAGGAAUUGUGCAUCGGUAAAUUUUAAACUUAUUUGUAAGAAAUGUUUGAGGGAAGUAACUCCUUGUUAAACGCUGAGUCAUUUCCCUCCAAACAUUCUUACAAAUCCUUCCAAACUUAGAAUUUACCGAUGCAAACUUCAUACUGUGAUCACAGAAACGUUGAGAAGCUUUACAGUGGUAAUGAUGAUGUUUUCAUUUGUAUCUUAUAGGAUGCGAAUUCUAAUGCAGCAUUCACGGGUUCUGUGAUGGCACAUGAAAUGGGACACAACUUUGGUCUUCAACACGAUGACAGUAAGUUAAUUUUUCUUUAUUUUUUAUCAAUUAUUGUUAUUGCUAUUCAGUAUCAUCUUCUUCUACACCACCAUUUCACAGUUGCUGUUAUACUAUUUUUAUCUCCUUAAGGUUGCACGCAAUGUCCAGCAUCAAAUGGGUGUGUUAUGAAUGCUGUCCUAAGGUGACUUGUUUUGCCAUUAAGAUCUUUAAACUUGCAAUUUCGGCAGCAGAUUUCGAAGGCCCUUCGUUAGCCAGAAGAUACAAAUCAACAUGAUCCCAGAAGAUGCCAGAAUUCCCUGUUUAUUUUCGUGCUGAAGUGAAUCAUGCGAACGCAAAGAUUUCCCCUUCCAUUACAUUCUUAAAAUAUACGGAAGAACUUUUCAUAUCUUUUCUCAAACUAUAUUUUAAAUAUUUUAGCUUCACACCACCAGAGGAAUUUUCCCAGUGUAGCAUUAAUGAUCUUAAUGAUCUGCUUUUGGAAAAUGUUGGACAUUGUCUCUUUAACCAACCAACAAAGGUACAUUGUAAAAUAUCCGCUAUCCAGUUCGCGGUUAAGCAAAAGAAGCAAAGCAACUAAUAGUUAGUUACAUGUUGACUAUCACCUGGUGUAUUUUCUAUGAUUAGUAAAUCUGCCUAUAACUGGGCUUUGUGUACGGGUCCACAUUCCAGUGAGAUUUAUAUAUUCCUUUUUAUUCCAGUUGGCAACAGACGCAGCCUGUGGCAAUGGUUUCAUAGAGGAUGGAGAAGAAUGUGACUGUGGUACACAAGAGGUGAAAUUAAACUUAACUAUUCCCCAGCCAUGUUUCCCAAAGGUAGACAAACCAGGAAACAAUGUUUCGUGGACAAUCAUGUUUUCCAAAGGUGGAAAACCAGGAAACAAAGUCUCCUAGCCAUGUUUCCCGAAGGUGGAAUUCUAGCCAAAGGUGGAAAAUUAAACCAGGAAACAUGGUUUCCUAGUCAUGUUUCCCAAAGAUAGAAUUCUAGUACAAUAUUUUGAAAUCUUUUUCAGGACUGUGAACGUGUUAACGACACUUGCUGCAAUUAUACUUCAUGUAUGCUGAAUGAUGAAGCCCAAUGUGCUGACGGAGUUUGCUGUAGUAACUGCCAGGUAAGGAAUGAAUAUACUGUUGUGUGCAGUAACUAGAAAUGAUUGAUCUUGUAUUGGAUUAAUAUGGCAGGAAACUUGUACAAAGAACGGUCUUAUUUGUAUCCUAAACUUUAUUAGCCAACGUGUUGGUCUUGACUCUAGCCUCUACUGUAAAGUGACUCUCUUCAAAUUUGUUUUUUCGCCGUAGUUUAUCUCUAGAGGUACAGUUUGUCGUGAAGCUGUAAAUUCGUGCGAUGUACCGGAGUUUUGUAAUGGAACCAGUGAAGUGGUAAGUGCUACGGUAUUACCUGUCUAAGUUUUGGAACCAAAGCUCUAUAUAUAGGGAAGUUGAUAUUAUACUUCCUAUCAGAACCUGAAAAAAGUGUUUAAAGUUGCUUGGAUCCUGAAUUUGCUUUUUUCAAAUGUUCCUCCAAAGUGUGUAAAACAGGAAAAUUUAACUGUACGUUACGCCAUUAGGGAGUUUAAGCUUCGUGUUCAAACGUCAAAUGGCAAACGCUAAGGGAAGAAAAAAUUUACGCUACAAGAUAAUAAACGGGAAAUCAACUUGCUAUUUUAAGACUGUAAUGUAUGAUGAUUCUUUUGAGAUACUGUAAGAACGAGAAGAAGAAGCGAAGAAUUUAAGCAAAAAUUCUGCCAACAGAAUUCGACUAUGCCGUAUGUGUGUGACGACAAAGCAUAAUUGAAUGUAUUUAUGUUACAUGUCCCAUAACCCAUGUCUGAAAAGUUGAAGAACGUUCUUCAAUCUUCUUGCAAAGGAGGGGUACAUUUAGUACGUAAGCAAAAAGUUUUGAAAAUUGUACCCCCUCCCUCCCCCUUGUACACAAAGAACAAUAGAAAUGGCAAACAUGCAUUUUGACUCCUCUCUCUCUUCCCUUAUACUAUACUUGCGUAUGUACCCAUGUCUGCUUUCUGUGUUUGACUCCAUUUCUCUUUUUUAUUUCAUUUCAGUGCUCUGAUGAUCUGAUCGUUGUGAAUGGUUUACCCUGUACUGAGGUCCGGCAUUGUUUGCAAAUUUUGUCUUCUAAGUCAGGGGCUGGUUGUUCAAAGCUGGGGUAGCUUAACCCUGUGUUUUAUAUGGGCAAUUUCUUUUUAUAGGGUUAUUGUUACGAAGGGGAAUGUAGAACUCAUAAUCACCAAUGUACUGAAUUCUGGACUGGCGGUAGGUUUCCGUUUAAUUUUCCUGUUAAAACUUAAUUGCUUUUGUGCUUCAUGUAUGUCCGCCUGUCCCGUUCUCGCCUUUCCGACCACUCCGGAAUUAUUGAUUAGGUAAAAGGCAAUCAAAACGUCCCGUCUUUAUUGCUGCUAGACCAACAUGUCUUACUGGUUCGAACGGACUUUAAGUGUUGUUUUGUGCUUGAAUAGGUGCUUACAAAGCGGAUGAUUCCUGUUACGAAAGGCUAAACACACGUAGCGAUCAACAUGGUUACUGCAAGAAACUUCCAGAUGAUACAUACAUGCCUUGUGCAGCAGAGUAAGUUGCUAAACUGUUGAACAUGCAUAUUUACCGAGUAAGGUCAUCCAUAAGUAAUUGUGCUGAAUGGGGUUUCGGUGGCGUAAUAGUCAGAGCAAGCGCCUGUCACCUCUAGAUCUGAGUUCGUGGGUUUGAUUCUCGCUAUACGGACUCAUAUGAUGAAAGAAUCAUUCAACGCUCUGCCGAAAUUUUCCGGGUGCUCCAGUUUACUCGCACAAGGAUAGUUGACAGGGUGGGUUAGAAUGAACACAGUACGUUAAGAAAGUAAUAAAAGGAUGAAAAUAAUUAGACUAACGCCCGUAUUCUAAGAGCUCACUCACACUCAAUGAGUGGAGGUUCAAUAUGAGCUUUUCUUGAGAGUCCAUGCUGUUUUUGAAUAGCUAUAGGGUGAGUAAUCACAUAGUAAGGUACGACACUGGCUCUCUAGCUAUUCAAAAACAGCAAUGGGACUCGAGAGAAGCUCAGAUUUAACCUCUACUCAUUGAGUGUGAGUGUGAGUGAGCUUUUAGAAUACGGGCGCAAGUAUGGAAUUAGGUAAGCGUAAUACUUGAUGUAAAAAUGUAAUCAUAAAAGAGUGCUCUAUGCGAAAAUGUUGAUAAUCAUGAAUGACUCUUAAGCUAUUCGUACAACAGUUUCCAGGACACGAUGAAAACAUUGUAAAAAUUUUUUCAGGAACGUUCAAUGUGGUAAAUUAAUGUGUAUUGGUGACAGCACAAUAACGCCAAAGAAUUUUGGCUCUGGUUUUAGAUUUAGUACCGCUAAUUUAGGUGGUGGAGUGACUUGUCGGUAAGUCCAAAGCUUUUUACAUAUAUGUCAAAUUAUCAAUAUUUCUAUAUACAGUAGCUAGUUGGGCAAUGCCUGAUUACGCGGUUUAAUUUGAACUUUUAAGCUCUGUCAUGAUCUACCAGGCUGGAGAUUUACCCACACUGGAUACUGUAUACGAUGGGACAAAAUGUGGAGACGAAAAGGUUAGUAUGGCUACUGACCAGUUAAUUGCAUAUAAUUAUGUAGGGACUGCAGUUGUGAGAAAAAUGAAACCAAGAUGGCGGAAAUGGGCGUCCAAAAUCUAUAAAAAUCGUAAAAAGUUUUCAUGCCAUUUUUCUCAGCCAAUUCCAGCUUUCUCCAACGGAUCAUAUCACUAAUCAAGUGUUUAUAAGAGACACAUUCUAGAGAAGUCCAGGUUUGUAAACAGCAUUGAUUUUGCUUUUCUGUGUAGAUUUGUCAAAACAAUGAGUGUGUGUCACUUUCAGUUGCCUUUGCUGGACAACCAACUUGUGAGACUAACUGCAACGGAAAGGGGGUAAGUUUUUUAACCGUUACCUCGUAUCCUUGAUGGUGAGCAUAGCUAAUUUGACUCUCGUGUUCACUUUCAACAGGUCUGUAAUGAGAACGGCAACUGUCACUGUAAUGCAGGAUGGAAAUGUCCAGAUUGUUCCCAAGCGUACGAUGGUCCAGGUGGAAGCAUCGACAGUGGUCUCAAUUGUGAGGCUGUUACAACAACAACAACACCAGCAACAACAGCUGAAGGAGCAACAACAGUAGCAGCAACAACAACAACACCAGCAACAACAACAACACCAGCAACAACAACACCAGCAACAACAACACCAGCAACAACAACAACACCAGCAACAACAGCCGAGGUGAUAACAACGACAACCGAAGCGACAACAACUGGAGCAACAACAACAACUGGUGUAGUCCAGUGUGCGAGCGGAGCUUGCUGUAGUAACUCGCAGGUACAGAAUGAGUAUACUGUUGUAUGCAAUAUAACUAGAGAUGAAUGAAUUUGUAUUAGAGAAGGAAUAAUGACACGAAUGCAUGUGAAAAAACGAUCUUAUUUGUAUAUAUUAACCAAUAUUUUCGUCUUGACUCUAGCCUUAACUGACCCUUUAAAAUUUGGUUAAUCGAUUUUAUCUUUUCUAGAUAGAAAUAUCGAGUCUGAAAUUAUACAUUUUUAACCGGGAGCAGUUGCGAAAAUUAAGGCCCUUUGCUGGGAAUUCCGUAGGUUGUAUUCCUACGCGUCAUGCUCUGUUGUUUUUUUAGUUUAUCGCCAGUGGGACAGUUUGUCGUGAAGCUGUAAACUCGUGUGAUGUUCCAGAGUAUUGUAAUGGGGAAAGUGAAACGGUGAGUGUUAUACGCAGGACAUCCAGCAAAUUUCAUCAUCUUUCAACAUCCAGCGAAUUUCAUCCAUUUGCAAAUUUUGUAUACUUUUGUAUUACGUGCGGAAAUUGCUUGGUAGGAAUUUCCGCACGCAAUACAAAAGUAUACCAAAUUUGCGAACUUUGCAAGGCUAUAUUUUCGUCAUUUUCCAAUAUUUCGCAACCAAACUUUGUAAUUUUACUGAUUUUGGUAUAUGCUCUUUCUAGCUGUGGUGAUUUAUUUGCAUCUCCUUGCCUAGUUUUAAAAUUAGUGUGUAAUGGGAAUUGUCUAUUGGUAAUGCAAAUCAUUGCUGAGCGAAUCAAUAUAACAUCAUUUCUAUUAAGUUAUUUGUACGCUUGCAUGGCGAUAAAACAUAUUUGUUUGUGGAGACACCACAAAACUAUCAUCAUUUCUUUUGCGAUACGUCGCUACUUACUGUCCUAACAUCACAUUAAAUGUUUGUCCGCGUUGACGUCAUGAUACUGUCCUCAGCAUGGUAUAUAGCGAUGGUAGCUUGUGGUUUUCAUCGAGUCCAAUCAUUUGGUGAAAAAUUAAUUUCAAUUCUGAAUACCACAUGCAACCACUUGGCCGCAAACGAGAAUCGAGCCCAACGAGUUUUGUUUAACAUCGCACCAGCACUAAAUUUCUAUUCUUUGUCAUAUUUUAGUGUCCUGCCGAUCUGCUGACGGCAAAUGGAACAUUAUGUGAUAAUAAUCAGGUAGUUAGACCUUAGUUAGACCUUUGUAUAUUGGUGCAUUCCGGGGCAGUAGGUGGUUUAUCUUCAGAACUGGUAUUUUCAAAUAGCCAUAAACACUCCAUAACGUUUGUAACUUUUUCUUCUAUAGGGAUCUUGUCACGAAGGGGAAUGUAGAACUUAUGGUGAUCAAUGUGUUGAAUUAUGGACUGGCGGUUGGUAUCUGAUUUAGUUUCCUGAACUUGUAAAGUGGAUAAUGAUUUUUCAUGUGCUUCGCGUGCAUGCGUUAAUCCAUAAAACCUUUGCAUAUUAAAUGGCAAUAUAAGUCAAAACACUGGGUGACUCAAUGGUAUAUAGAGAACAUUGGGAAUUUCAAAACAAUGAAAAGGAGAUGGAAAAUCUUCAUUUCGCAAAUGGUAGGCACGAAGAAUCGUAGAUUUUUGAAAACAAUCAAAAUGCAAGGAUCAUUCCGAUCUCUGAAUCGUGACAAGAUAAUAUUGUUAUGCCAGGUUUUAUGUUGUUCUUGUUGUUCGCCUUUAGGAUCAGCUUAAAAGUGCUGUUGUGUGCUUGCAUCUAGGUGCUUUCAAAGCGGAUGAGUCUUGUUACCAAAAUGGAAACACACGUGGUGAUGAACAUGGUUAUUGCAAAAAACUUUCGUCCACAUCAUAUGUGGCUUGCACAGCUGAGUAAGUUGCUAUACUGCUGAAUAGUACUCUUUGAAAGCUUGUGGUGAUUACGGAUGACCCCUAAGCUAUAUGUGCAACUGUCCCCAUGACAUGAUGAGAACACUGUAAUAUUUUUCAGGAACGUUCAGUGUGGAAAAUUAUAUUGUGUUGGUAACAACACGAUAACACCAAAAAAUUUUGGUUAUGGUUGGAGAAGUAGUACUCUUUCGUUAAAUUCUGGAUCAAUCAUAUGUCGGUAAGUCACAAUUUUUUGCAUGUACGCAGUCGAGCUUUCCUAAAGCAGACACCCUCGGGAUUGCGUCGUGGUGUCGGGUUACAGGAGGUUUUCGCUUAUGAAAGUUUCGAAAAUACAAUGUAUACUGUCCGCUUAUAGAUCUGUGAUGACCUAUCAGGCACCGGGUUCACCAGAAUUGGGGACCGUCCUAGAUGGGACAAAAUGUGGAGACGAAAUGGUUAGUAUGACUUAUCUAAAAAAAUUGGUGGAUUUCAAUGGACGUUACCAGGCAGUGUUGACUUUAUUUGUUGGCUUUUUUGUGUAGGUUUGUCAAAACAAUGAGUGUGUGUCACUUUCAGUUGCCUAUCCUGGACAACCAACUUGUGCGAGUAACUGCAACGGAAAUGGGGUAAGUGUUUUAACCGUUACCUCAUAUCCUUGAUGGUGAGCAUAGGUAAUUUGACUCUCGUGUUCACUUUCAACAGGUCUGUAAUGAGAACGGCAACUGUCACUGUAAUCCAGGAUGGAAGUGUCCAGAUUGUUCACAAGCGUACGAUGGUCCAGGUGGAAGCAUCGACAGUGGUCUAGAUUGUGAGGCUGUUACAACAACAACAACCCCAGCAACAACAACCCCAACGACAACAACUGAAGCAACAACAACUGAAGCAACAACAACUGAAGCAACAACAACUGAAGCCACAACAACUGAAGCCACAACAACUGAAGCAACAACAACUGAAGCAACAACAACUGAAGCAACAACAACUGAAGCAACAACAACUGAAGCCACAACAACUGAAGCAACAACAACAGAAGCCACAACAACAGAAGCCACAACAACUGAAACCACAACAACUGAAGCAACAACCACUGAAGCAACAACAACUGAGGCAACAGCAACUGAAGCUACAACAACUGAAGCCACAACAACACCAGCAACAACAACUGAAGCAACAACAACUGAAGCCACAACAACACCAGCAACAACAACUGAAGCCACAACAACAACAACAACAACACCAGCAGCAACAACAACUGAAGCAACAACAACUGAAGCCACAACAACACCACCAGCAACAACUGAAGCAACAACAACUGAAGCCACUACAACUGAAGCCACAACAACUGAA